UUGUUGUGAAGUAUUUGAGGCACAAUAAAUAUUAGCAGUAAUGGUAUGAAUAUUGGCGAAGGUUUUGGCAAAAUAUUAGCCAAUUAAUUUUGUAAAAAAUAUUUUAAAAGUUGCAGUUCUAGUGUUAUUAAAUAUCUUAGUGUAGCGUUUGUAUGUUGACUGAUUUCCCAUUAUAUAGCGAAAUAGUGUUGUAAAUGGUCACUGUGGUCCGUGAGGUGAGCGCUUCAUGCACUGCAUUCAGGUUGCGGUAGCUACUUUCGGGAGCAGCUGUUACAAGUUCGUCGCUCCGUGUUUGCUCAAGCGAGCAGCAAGUGUGCGCGUUUGAAAGCCGGAAGUAGCUGAUCCUGGAUCCUGGUGGCGGUGGCCGUGGGCCCGGCGGAGGAGGGUGAGUUAGGAGAUUAGCGAGGAUUCGUGACCGCAGCCGUAGCGGACGGAAGAAAAAAAACACGCGAAACAAAAUGGGAAACUCCGACUCCAAACUCAACUUCAGGAAAGCCGUCAUACAGCUCACAACUAAAACACAGCCCGUGGAGGCCACAGACGAUGGCUUCUGGGACCAGUUUUGGGUCGACACCUCCACCUCCGUCCAGGACAUGUUCGCCCUCGUACCUGCAGCCGAGAUACGGGCUGUCCGAGAGGAGUCACCCUCCAACCUGGCAACCCUCUGCUAUAAGGCGGUGGAGAAGCUGGUCCAAGCUGCAGAGUCAGGCUGCCCCUCAGUGAAGGAGCAGCAGGUCACUGUGAGCUGCUCCCGGCUGCUCACGCGCAUCCUGCCCUACAUCUUUGAGGACCCUGACUGGAGGGGCUUCUUCUGGUCUACGGUGCCCGGGGCAGGGCGGGCUGGGGUGGAUGAGGGCGAUGACGAUGGAGCGCGUCCCCUGGCAGAGUUUCUCCUCCUGGCCAUCGCCGAUCUCCUCUUCUGCCCCAACUUCACUGUGCAGAGCCACCGCAGAGGGGGUGCGGACACGACUGAAGACGUCCAGUCCGUCGACAGCUGCGAGCACAUCUGGGAAGCUGGGGUGGGGUUCGCCCAGUCCCCGCCCCUCAACUACAUCUACGACCUCAACAGGAUGGAGCUGUUGAAGCUGCUGCUCACCUGUUUCUCAGAGGCCAUGUACCUGCCCCCCUCCCCCGACCAGAGCGUGCCCAACCCCUGGGUCAGCUUCUUCUGCUCCGCCCACAACAGACACGCCCUGCCUCUCUUCACCUCUCUGCUGAACGUGGUGUGUGCGUACGACCCUGUGGGGUACGGGAUCCCCUACAACCACCUGCUGUUCUCAGACUACCGUGAGCGCCUGGUGGAGCACGCCGUCCAGGUCCUCAUCGUCACGCUGGAGUCUGACGGGGGCGGGGCCACAGCAGCCAGCCAUGCCCUCGACCCCUCCGAUUCGCCCUCCGCUGCCGAAGAGCCGGAGUCUGUGGGCCCAGAUAACCUCUUUGUGAACUACCUGUCCAGAAUCCACAGGGAAGAGGAUUUCUCCUUUAUUCUGAAAGGUCUGGCCCGGUUGCUUACAAACCCCCUGACCCAGACCUACCUGCCCAACUCCACCAAGAAGAUACAGUUCCACCAGGAGCUGCUGGUCUUGUUCUGGAAGCUCUGUGACUUCAACAAGAAGUUCCUGUUCUUUGUGCUGAAGAGCAGCCAUGUUCUGGACAUCCUGCUGCCCAUCCUGUUCUACCUGAACGAUGCACGCGCUGAUCAGUCCCGUGUUGGGCUUGUGCACAUUGGUGUGUUUAUCCUGUUGUUGCUCAGUGGAGAGCGGAAUUUUGGGGUGCGUCUGAACAAACCCUACACCGUGCGUGUUCCCAUGGACAUCCCGGUCUUCACAGGCACACACGCUGACCUGCUCGUCAUCGUUUUCCACAAGAUCAUCACAAGCGGACACCAGCGCCUGCAGCCUCUCUUUGACUGCCUGCUCACUAUUGUGGUGAAUGUGUCACCCUAUUUGAAGAGCCUGUCCAUGGUGGCAGCCAAUAAGCUGCUCCAUCUGCUGGAUGCUUUCUCCACCCCCUGGUUCCUGUUCUCUGCCUCCCAGAACCACCACCUGGUCUUCUUCCUGCUGGAGGCCUUUAACAACCUCAUCCAGUACCAGUUCGAUGGUAACUGUAACCUGGUGUACGCCAUCAUCCGUAAGCGUGCCGCGUUCCACCAGCUGGCCAACCUGCCGUCGGACCCCGGCUCCCUGCAGAGGGCGCUGCAGCGGAAGAAGCGGUCGCCUGAGGGCAUGUCCCGCACCAGCUCCCAGGAAACCGUUUCCAUGGAGGGCUCCCGGCCCGCCAUACCCGCCGAGCCUGGAACGCUUAAAACGAGCCUCGCUGCCACGCCCGGCAUUGACAAGCUGACGGAGAAAUCUCAGGUGUCGGACGAUGGCACCAUGGUGUCGAUCCAGCAGCCAGACCCACCGCAGAAUCCGCCCACCCACGCCGGCGUCAGCGACACCGAGUCCAAUUCAGGGAAAGAAACAGAGGACGUCUUAGAAACGGAGGUGGAGUCGCCACGGAAACGGCUCUCAGGCUCAUCAUCGGCCACGCCCUGGGUCCCCACGCCCGAAUGGGUACUCUCCUGGAAGGUGAAGCUGCCCCUGCAGACGAUAAUGCGGCUGCUUCAGGUGCUGGUGCCACAGGUGGAGAAGAUCUGCAUCGACAAGGGUCUGACAGACGAGUCUGAGAUCCUGAAGUUCCUCCAGCACGGGACCCUGGUCGGGCUGCUCCCGGUCCCGCACCCCAUCCUCAUCCGGAAGUACCAGGCCAAUGCCGGCACCGCCAUGUGGUUCCGAACUUACAUGUGGGGCGUGGUCUACCUGCGGAACGUGGAUCCCCCGAUUUGGUACGACACAGACGUGCGGCUCUUUGAGAUUCAGAGGGUGUAGGGGGGAGGAGCCCGUGAGAGUGACUGACAGGAGCAGGGCCCACCCACAGCUCUGAAGACACGUUAGGCACCGCCUCCACCCCACCCCAACCAACACCUGCUGCUCCAGGCUGCCUGAGGAAGAGGAGGAUGGAGGCUACAACCAUAGCUGAGGCUGCACCUUGCUGCUUCUUUUUUCUUGUUCUUCUUACGUUGUUAUUGUUCAGUAAUGAUGUGUGUAUGUCACUGUGUGUCAGAGAGAGUGUGUGUGUGUGUGGGCACCUGUCCUAUAGAGUGCAGCCAGUAAGACACACCCCCUUUUCUGCAGAUGUCUCUCCUCAGCACCCAGUUCCUUCUGUUUAGCAACACUGCCCUCUGUCAGUGUGGAGGAGGAACUGCAAGAGGGACAUACAGGGAGGAUGGGCUAUUCAUUGAUGGGGGCUAAUUUUACUCCUGAACAUCAGACCUGUAGAUAAUUCCCAGUGUUCUGCUGCAUUCCCAGUGUUCUGCUGUUCAGCCAGGUAGGGUAACAGAUCAGGUACGGUUGUCUGCACAGCUGCAUGUGUGUUGAUUUUGUUUGUUUUUUUGUAAGAUAGAUGUAAGACACAUCUGUUUGCGUGGCGGCUUCAGGUGGUCCUGCUCACCCUGCUGGCAUGCGGGUACAGCAGAGCUCCUUUAAAACCACAGAGCUGUGCUUAUCCCAGAGGGAACAGAGACGUAUCCUGCUCCUGCACAGUGUGCCCAUGGUAAACACCUCCCUCUGCUGGACAGGAGUAAUAAGACAUCAGAAUAAUGGAAGCGUUCAUUAUGACAUGAUGACCAUUGCCAAAAAAUAAUAUUAAUAUGAGUGUAGAUGCGUGUGUUUGUGUGUGCGUGUGUGUGUGUGUGUUCUUUGUAUCCAUACUGAUUUGCCUUUCCAAAGUGUGCACUGGUUACCUGUAUCUGUUGGAUGAGCCCAGUUAUGACCCAGCAGUGCUGGGUCAUUUUGACUGGGACACGUAUGGUCAUUUUGGCUCAGCUCGUGUGAUUGGGCGAUGUUUCACACUGUGUUCUGUUCACUGUGGCUUCCCUGUGUCUCUGACCGGGUUCUCUUAUUGGCUGUUAAUGGCAGGUGAUCACCCUGGGGAGGAUUUGAGGCUGCAUGUGUUCUGUGGGGAGCCAGGGGGCAGGGUGGGGGGGGGGGGUGGGGGGGGGGGGGGGUAUCCACAGCCUUUAGGGACACCUAAAAAUCCUCCUGUUUAAGCUGUGAGGUAACCAUGAAUCAUGUUUCUCAGAGUUGGUCUAACAAUGUCAAUGUGUGAGAGAUUAAUUUUUUUAAUAAAACAAAUUCUCUGCUUUGUAUAAGUGAAUAUUUGUUCUCCUUGAAAUACGAUAUAGAAUAUAUUAUAAAAUAAAUGAUUUGAAAGUGCAAGUAA